UCGGGGUCUGGAACUUUUCACUCGCGGGGCGACUCCGCGCUUUCGCCCAGCUCCAAGGCUCUCGGUCUGGGUCACCCUUCAGGAAAGGCCCCGAGGCCCGGGAGCCCCGGCGUCGCAGGCAUCUCCUUGGUCUUCGCUAACGAGGACGGAGGCGGUGACUUCUGCAGGGACAGGAAAAGACGAAACACUAGAUUGCAUGAAAAGAAAAUAGAAACCAUGUUUCGAAGACCUGUAUUACAGGUACUGCGGCAGUUUGUAAGACAUGAAUCUGAAACAGCUAGCAGUUUGGUUCUUGAAAGAUCUUUGAAUCGUGUGCAGUUACUUGGGCGAGUGGGUCAGGACCCUGUGAUGAGACAAGUGGAAGGAAAGAACCCAGUCACAAUCUUUUCUAUGGCAACAAAUGAGAUGUGGCGAUCAGGGGAAAGUGAAACAUACCAAAUGGGUGAUGUCAGUCAAAAGACAACCUGGCACAGAAUAUCGGUGUUCCGGCCAGGACUCAGAGAUGUGGCAUACCAGUAUGUGAAGAAGGGGUCUCGAAUUUUUGUGGAAGGGAAAGUUGACUAUGGUGAAUACACGGAUAAAAAUAAUGUGCGGCGGCAAGCUACAACAAUCAUAGCUGAUAACAUCAUAUUUCUGAGUGACCAGACGAGAGAGAAGGAAUAGAGUGGAUGAUUCUUCUUUGGCUAUUAUUUGGUACAGUCUUACUUUCAAAUCAUGUAUAAUGUAUAGUCUCAUUAGUUUCUAAGGACAAGAUUAAAAUAUUCUUUUAUAUAAAAUGAGUGGUAAUAUUUUUCCCAACUGUUGCUCCUCUUCCCCUUUUUGUGCCAUAAACCUUGGUGGCUCCUGUCUGGUAUGGUUUUUGCUAGUUGCUUAUUCUUUAGGGCUGGUGUCUAUGUAUGGGCAUAUAAAAUAGUGGGCUUUCAGACUUGCUCGUGUUAUCACAAAAGUAUGAAUGUCCUUUAGGAAGACUCUUUGCUUGAUGUGCUUCUGUCAUAAUGUUGAUUCAACCCCUCCGUGUUCACUGAGCUUCACUGUACGUCAGGUGUUUACCCCACAGUUGUAAAUGAUGAUCUUCUUUUCUGUGUGCUCUGUGCACUUGAAGGCAAGGACUGUGUCUUCUCGGUGUACCUGCACCUUAACCAGUGCUUUGCACAGACUAGACAUAAAUCUUGACAGAAAAAUGAUCUCAACAGGAGAGUGAACUUUAGCCUUAAUUGAAGAGGUUUCCUGAGCAGUAGUUUGUCUCUAACCUAAACUGCUUCGACACUAACCUACCCUAACCUCCCUUGUUUUUAGACACUUCCAGUAGUACAUUUAUCUAAGUUUACUGACAGUAAAAGCGUGAAAUAUGACUAGGGAGGAAACUGUUCAUCUCCAGGUGAUGGUACGGAGGCUCUGGUAACCCUGUUCUCUUUCUAGGCAUCCUUUGUCUUGUCCAGAACUUUGGGGGGAGUUCCCUCAAUAAGCUUUGUUUGACAUUGCCUUCCUGGGUUAGAGCCUCAGAUGUGACAUUUCCCUUUCAUUGUUCACAUGUGCUCUUGAUGUACGUACUGUACAGUCAUGUGUGCACGUGAUUGCUUUUAUUAGAAGGAGGACUAUGCAGAGUACUCAUAAUGUACUGCUAUAAAUUACAUAAAAUGAAUUUGGUUUUUCAAGGCAUGUUUUACUUUAUAAAGUCUGUGUCAGCCCUCUACAGGUUGCCUGCUAGUUGACUGCAGUUUUUUCAGAGGUUGGCUGCUGCUGAGCAGGUUGUCCAGUUCUGCUGGUGGCAGUUGCUCAUUCCGUCUGGGCCUGCUCCAGCCUGGCCUCUGGUUACCCAAAUAUGUGUCCUCCCGCCUCUGCCUGAGUGUGUGGUGCUGACUGUAGCUUAGGUCUUACUGGGCUGUAAAAGCUUCAGAAUUCAUAUCCUGUGAUGUGGAUCCUUGAGUUUCUCACUCUAAGGUAUUUUCUAAACACUUUAGUGUCUUGUACUCAGUGAGGAUUGGUUAAGGUGAGGUGAAGUUCCUUAGCUUUAUCCUCUCUCUGCCUGGUAAGAGGGAAAAACAAUUCCCCUUCUCUAUCAGCUGUCUUUUUCCCUAUAGCUGGGCCGCCAGUUAGCAUGUAAUUCUGCUCUCUGGUUUUACACGUUAAGACUGCAGUGGUGAUUUCCCCACUCCUCUAUGCCAUGUUUUAGUUUAGAAAAUUAUAAAGUAGAUAAAAUUUGUCUUUUGGGAAAGUCUUUAUUUCUUUUGCAAAGCUACUUUUAUCUUUUAUGCUUCUUUAAAGAUGUAAGAAUUAAUGCAGAUUUGGUUCAUUUAAUCAGGAACGAUGAAUCUGCUUUAGGAGAGUGAUACAGUGACUAAGACAGCUGAGUGACCAACCCUGAGCAAUGCUGAGUCCAGAGUGCAGCAGGACAGGAAGUAUUUUCCAGGAUCCCUGAGAGCAGGGGUCCUCUCCAAGCUCCACUGGGGUUGCCUGAAUGGCUCUAAGGCUGGGCUGGCAGCGCUUUCAGGCUCGUGUUCAGCACAGAGGCCACAGGUCCAUAGGAUGCUGUAACCUGAGGGUUCCCCCCGGUCAGGCUGCCUCCCACCCUGGCAGCCCCAUCUGCUGAGAAACAAUCUAAUGCUCCCAGCUGGUCUAGGCACAGUGGACGUGUGGAGUCUGACAGUGGUGACAGGCUUGAGGGUUCAGAAGUCCAGUUUUGUGUCCUGCGUUUCCUGUUCUUACGGUGCCAAGAAAAGUACCUGCAGAAAACUCCCCUGUGACUUUAAUUUUGGGAUUCUGCAGUAAUUGGAGAGAUCAGUAUGACUCAUGGAUGUGUAGGAGAAUAAAUAUCAAACAGCAGGCGUGGUGUUACCCAGUUUUGAAAAAGAAUAUAAUUAAUGUAUGUUUAGAAACAUCUGGAAGGAGAAACAUCAAAAAGUGAUUAUCUCUGGAUAGUGUAGAUUUGUGUGAAUCUCUAUUUCCUUACCUUUUUCUGUAUUCUAAUUUCUUUUGAGUUGAGUAUUUUUAUAAUGAGAAAAAAUAAACAUUUAUUCAAUAAUUUCAUUUGAGGGAGAAAGUCUUUCCCAUUAUUUCCAAGCCAAGUUUGCAGUACUCCAUUAUCUCCAAAUAUUACUGCUGCAUGGACUAGAGGUUAGCAGGUUAGUCUCACAUGAGUUUUUUCCCUGAUCUGCAUCUUAACAUGUCUUGCUUAAACAUUUCACUCACCUCUUUUUUUUUCCCUUUCUCUUUGUAAACCUCUUAAUACAUGUAUACAAAAAAAAAAAGCUUGAUUGGCUUUCAAGACCAGCCUAUAGGUGGUCCACACUUUGUUACCAGCACAGUUUUCAUAGUCAUCUAUUUGUUCAGAUUCAUUGGACAGUUAAUACAAAGGUGCCCCCAAACACUGAAACAUGUAUUUGUGACUUUUGGGAGUUAACUCAUGCUAACUGGGUUAUAGUCUAACCUUUGUAGCUCAGUUAGGAGAAAUUAGUUUCACUUUGUCCCUAGAAAGAUCAUGAAGUUCUUGAAGGUGAGGUCAUCUUUUCCUCAGAUAACGCUUUAGCCCUCUUCAGUUCAGCCUAGCACAGCAGCAUCAGAGGGCUUAAUAAAUAUUCAGUUGGAUUGUGCUGAAACUUGACAUGGAAAUGAGGGCAGGGCCAUUUUACAUAUUUCUCUGUCAGAGUUUGCAUUACAUGAAGAGUGGUGGUGGAGGGUGAUUGAUAAUCCUAAAGUUAGCUAGUUACAGAGAAAUCACUUAUAAGGUAACACUGAUAUAAGUGACUGACAUGUGUGCGCUUACUCUGUGCCAGGCACUGAGCUAAUGUGGUUUAUCAUUGUCUGAUGUAACCUGUGCUGUGAGGAGGCACCGGGAGGUGAUCCCUGGAACGGAGACUCACACGGCGUGUGAGAAUGAUGUGGCUUACAGAAAGCAUAUCUGACGUUCGAACUUAUGCUUGUGAAGUUUAUGCUUUGCUUUUGGCCCAUUGCUCACUUCCUGCUGCCCCCUCCCAUCGGCCCUAAGUAUUCAGAACCUCCCACUGCCAGCUGUGGCCAGGGCUCCUGGGGGGUUGCGUCUGGAUCACACUGGGAGUUGAAUACCUGGUUGGUUUUGGUUGGGCGACUGAGGAGUGAAGGUGAAAUGCCCCUGCCGCUUACUCUGAUUCUCAUUCUGAUGACCCUGCAGGGAAGUGUCAGGGGAGUCUUCUUCUUGGUUAUUUCUAGGCGGUCCUUUCUUUCCUUUUGCCUAGUAAUGUCUCUUUACUGGGUAACGUAAGUUCACAGUGUCUGCUCCUACAUUGUGUCCUCCAGUUCCUGAGAGCUGAAAUUGUCAGGAAGGCUGAUCAAGCAUUUGCCAGAAUUACCUUUCAGAGAAUGAGACUUUGAGCAGGAGUCAUCAACAGCAUUGGCCUCCCCACUGAGGAGUCUUAAGAUGCCUCCGUGCCAGUCCCUCGAUCUGUCUGAGGGACACUAGGGUGUUUGUAGCUUUUUGAACCACAAUAAUGACAUUUCUUUUUUUCUUGCUUUAUGUCCGUUUGCUGUCUGCUGUGCUUUGGGCUUCGGCGUCUAACUUGGCCAUGCCCAGUGUAUAUCUUGACCCUAGUUUUUUGUUACAUCUUGUCAUUUGAAAAAGUUGGUCUAUCAAUAGUUCAGUGUUAAGACUGUGUAGUCAGAAAACUUGAAUUAGAAUCCCUGCUUUACUCACUAAGUGACCUCUGAUGAGUUUCUUACUUUCCCUGACUCAGAUUUUUGUUGCUUUGUCUUCCUGUGAGUAAAAGGAGGAUUAUAGUAGCACUCCCUUCAUAGGCGUACUUUGAAGAGCACAAUAGAUAAUACAUGCAAGUGGCUUACUUAGUGCGUAGUAAUGAAAACAAGUGCUCAAUAUAUAUUACUAUUAAUUCUGUUCUUUUAAGGAAGGCAUGACACUCUUUCAGUCACCAUGUCCCUCUCACCAAGUCUCAUGGGAUAUUUACAGACUAUCUUAGCUAAUCUUAACUUACUAUACUCAACAUAUUAAAAAUUAUUAACUUCCAGGAAUUACCUAGUGCUUUCCACUUUGAUAGUAUUUUUGUUGUUUUUGAUCUGCUGUGGCUAUUUACAGUAAACCUUGGCAUCUUUUUAAAUUCAGAAAUCUCUCAGGCAGCUGCUAUGUGCCCUGUAGCUAUAGAGGCCUGGGUAUAGGGGUAGAUAUGGGGCUCUAUUAAGGAGCUCAUAAUCUAGGAUGUGGCGUUGGGUGGGUGGUGUAAAUAGGAGCAGUUCAGUGAUAAUGGUGUAAGGAACACUAACACUGGUGGAUGUAAUGGGGCACAGCAGAUCAUAGUCAGGUUAGUUUUCAGCAGAGGAAAUAGCAUGAACAAAGAUCCGGAAACUUACAUGAAGGAGUGAAAGUUAAGACAGGAAAAGUAGGUUGGGCCUGAUAAUAAAGGCCCUGGAAAGCUUGCAGGGCAUUGGAUAGUGGGGAGAUAUGGAAGGUUUUAAGCCAGGACAUGUCUUGGGAAUCAUCUUUGGAAAGAUCAGUGAAGACAGAUGAAGGAUGAGGCAGUUAGGAAGGUACUAAACAAGCCGAGAAAGGUUAGUGGAGCUGAGAAGCGACAGGAAGGGCGUUUGGGAUUCUCUGAUUCAUUCAUUGUGCACCAGGUGUGAUCCAUAUCCUGUGCUGGGUUCUGGGUUAGGGAACUAGGAAGAACACAGCUCCUGCCUGGGAUCUAGGUGACAGAACAGGUGUUGGUGCUAAGGAGAAAGCAGUUAAAAGAUAACUCUGAUGUUGCUGCUGAGGGCGGCUAUGUGGAUAGCUUCUGAGACUAAGGAACACUGAUGUGGGAACUGAUUUUAUUUUAUUUUAGAAUUUAUUUAAUUUAUUUAUACAUAUAAGACCUGGGGUAUAGGCCCAGUGGGGAGUGGAGUGGGGCAUUGAGAGGAGUCACCAGAGAAAGAGUGGGGAGCAGAACAAGCAGAUUGGCUGAAAUACACUGCUGAGGGGAGCAGAAGGGAGACAGGAGAGGUCUGCUGCACCAUAUGGGCAGCUCCCUGCCUGGGGAUUGAACUUGUGCUGCAGUGGCUAUGGAUAGCUUCAUGGUGCUGAGACUUAACCCCUUGCGCUACCAGAGUGGCCCAAGGAACUGAUUUUAAAGGAGAAAUAAUAGAUUUCUAUUUUAAAAUAGAAAUAAUGGAUUAGGUUUGAACAUCAGUUUAAUUGUCGACUUUCUAGCUUAUAUUUGCAGGGUGAUGAUUAAUGAGUUUGGAGCUCAGAAGAGAAGCUGAGAUAAAGCAACUAUUUUUCUUCUGCCAAACACAUUGUAAGCAAAUUUUCUGAACUACGUCUCAGAUGUUGCCAGGACUUCAGCUUUCUGUUAUAGAAAGAUGUAUUGUGGACAAGAUUGCAUUGCGUUGCUAUAUGUGAUAUACCGGGAUUUGGUUUAAUUAGGUAUGAUAAGAUGACAUAGAGAGACACCUACAUUUGAAAGAAGUUUAUUACUUAUAGGUCCUGUGAAGAGGGCAGAGGGCAUGUUCUGUAGGAUAACAUGGGGAAGCAUCAGGGUAGAUUGGGAGGCAGAAGGAUAGAAGGGAAGUGCAGGCCGGAAUUUUAUUGUGGUUUUGGAGGGGAAAGAACAAGUGUAUGACUGGGCAGUUGGAAUAAUAUUCGGCAGCUCUGUUCUGUAGAGGGUUGCUGGGUGAUUUGGACAGGGGAGUAAUGUCCUGGCCUGUAGAAGCUGGUACAAGGAGGUGAAUGAGCAUUGUGGUCUCAGGAUUGCUUGACUUGCAUGUCAAAGGUAUCCUUGUGGGCAAGUCACUCACUAUUUCUAGGAAUUAACUAUCCUUGGGAGGGCUGUCUGUCCUUCUGGGUCUGCAAGUACCUAAGAUGUCAGAGCAUCCUAAAAUACAAAGAUAAAAAAAAUGACUAAUACACCACCCUGUAUCCAUGAUCCUUUUUACGUUUAGAGAACCCAUGUUUUUUUGGGGGGGGAUAAGAGGGGGUGACUGUUCACAGCUCAACUACUGUGUUCUUGUUCCUCUUGCAAUUAAGGACUGGUGAGGGGGUAGAAGCAUAAGCCAUUGGUGAUGUUUCCAGGAGAUUUCCUAAGCGAACUGAGCUGUUGGGAGGGAGGCUCCUUCUUUUUGCUUCUCCAGGCCCUCAACUGGCUUUUCCUUGUCUGAAACGUGGACAUGAUGGUUGAAUCUCCAGUCGCCAGCAUGGGCCACGGAACAGUCUUCAGGAUAGAAGACAGAAGCUGCUGCAAUCUGCACUGACGCUGGAGCCCCCACACCAGUGUGGAGAGCCUGCCUCUGGACUUCCUCGGGAGACAUAAAUAAACCUCUGCCUGUGUAAACUAUUAUUUGUCUUUUGCACUAAAUCCAAUCCUUCUGAAAUUAAUACAUUCUUAAUUUUGUCUCCAUGUGCAUGACCUUCCACUGCAAGUAAUCUUCCUACUGUUCCCACAGUCCUUCAGACCUUGAAUCUGUGUCUCAUUCUAAGUUUGCUGUGGGGACUAGGACAUAAAAAUGUACAUAAAACCAUAGCAAUUAGCUUAGAAGGAAUGACUAUAAGUGCACUUUUUCGUCAGCUAGUUUGCUUGUAGUCUUUAUUGAGGUUACUUAACUUAGCAGCUCCCUAUUAAAUAAAGGAGCAGUUAGGUUAAGUAUAGAAAUACUGCCCUGACGUGUCCUCUGGCCAUACAACUGACUGGAUUUCUGGAGUGAGGAGUGUCCUGCUGCUAAAUCAACAGAUUCUAAGUACAAGAUAGUUUUAGCUCAGGCUGCCAGAACAGAAUACCCUUAGACUUAUAUAAAACCAGUGGACAUUUAUAUUCUCAUAAUUCUUGAGAUGCAAGCCCAAGGUCUGCGUGCUGGCAUUGUCAGUUUAAUGGGAGGCACCAUUUCCUUUUUUAUGGGUGGCCACCAUUUCCUUAUGUGCCCCAUGGCAGUGAGCUGGCAAUGAGAAGAAGAGUAAGCUCUGUGGUGUCUCUUCUAAGGACAUGACCCUGUCAGGGUCCAUCAUGGAACUUCAUCUCUUCACGUGGUCCUGUCUUGAGAUAGUCUGGGAAUUAGAGUUUCAGUUUGAAAUCUGAGGCUUGCACGAAGCAAGGGACAUCUAAGUCAAUUUCCAGUGAGGAGCUGGAGCAAGAGCAAGUUAGGCAAAUGCACCCACUGACAGGUGCCAAUCUUGAAAUUGUUUGAUAAUAAUGGGUAUGUCAAAUGUGCAUCAAACCUUUAAAGUAGAAGAGAGCAUUUCUCUUAAAACAGGAGCAAGUCAAGGAUAUCUUACCACCAUUUCUGUAACCUACUUGAGCUGAGACUAGGAAGCACAGUUACAGAAUGAAAAGAAAUGUUAAGUUGGAAGGAAAACAGUUACAAGUGCUGUCUUUUACAUAGAAAACAAAUCUUUUUAGAAGGAAUGAGUUGCUAGAAAUAAGAUCACUAUAUAAGUCAAUUGCAAGCAGCAGCAAAGAUGAUAUCAAGAUUAUCAGAAAAGGAGUCUCCAAGUGUGUAGUGUCUAUGGAGAAAUACUUUAAUGAAGGCUAAACACUGAAAUGUAUAUUGGAAACAUCAAUACUAUACAGAUGGCAUCAAAUUGAUGUUACAGAUCCCAGAAGUUUCUUUGGGUACCUGGACAAGUUGAUUCUAAAGGUGUAUUGAUAGGCAAAUGUCCAGGUACAGGUUAUGUACUCAACAAGAAGAAUGAGUUGUGGACUUACCCUGCCACUUGAAAAGACUUUUUCUAUAAACACAGCUCUAGUGAUUAGUGACAUAUAUUAUAGCUGCAGUAUAGAACACUGGUGCAAAAUGCAGAAUGCGGAAACAGACCAUGUAUAUAUAGAAAUGAUAGAUGAUGAAAAUGGUUUUAUAAAUCCCUGCGUAAGCUGUAGAUUAAUGAUGCUAGGAAAAUUUGUCAUCCAUGAGAAAAAACUGAAAUCAGAUCUCGGUCAUGCAAAACGUCAAAGUGUGGUUAAAGACUUUUUUGUGAAAGGCAAAGUUUUGCAAAGUUUGGAAGAAAAUGUGAGACAAGGUGAAUUGGAGGCAUAGAAAUAGAAGUUUUAUUAAAAAGCAAGAGUGAUUCAUUUAACUGUAAAUAAACUUGGUUGAUCAAAAGUUACCAUAAUGAAAGUAAAAUGACAAGUCACAAACUGGGAUAGAAGAUAUUUGCAGUAGUAUAAUGGAAAUAUAAUUUAGUAUAUACAUGUAUAUAAACGCCUACAAAAUAAUAUGAUCUAUAUCUGUGAAGUCCUACACAACAAUAAGAAAAUGACAGUAGGAAAAUGGACAUGGAUGAGGCAUGUCACGAGAAGGAAAUAAUAAAUGAUCCAUUAAUAUAUGAAAAAGGGCCUCCCUGGUGGUGCAAGGGGUUAAGUACAACACUUUGAAGCUAUCCGCAGCCUCUGCAGCACGAGUUUGAUCCCCAGCUGGCCAGGGAGCUACCCACAUGGUGCAGCAGACCUCUCCUGACUCGCCCGCUGCUCCCCUCAGCAGUGUAUUUCAGUCAUUCUGCCUGUUCUGUUCCCCCACUUUGUCUCUGGUGAAUCCUCUCAUGCCCCACACGUCUGGCCUGUACCCCAGUUC